AUGCCUUCCACACACAAGAAGGAGAAGCCUUGGGAUACCGAUGACAUCGAUAAGUGGAAGGAGKAAGCUUUCACACCCGAACAAAAUGCAGGCGGCACAUUCAGCGAAGAGAGCAGCUUUGCGACUCUUUUUCCAAAAUACCGCGAGACCUACCUAAAGGCCUCGUGGCCGAUGAUCACGCGCCAGCUGGAAAAAUACGGCAUCGCAUGUACGCUGGAUUUGGUGGAAGGCAGCAUGACUGUAAAGACCACGCGAAAGACUUAUGAUCCUGCCAGCAUUCUCAACGCCCGCGAUCUGAUUAAGCUGCUGGCCCGCAGCGUUCCUGCUCCACAGGCCGUCAAGAUCUUGGAAGAUGGCAUGGCGUGUGAUGUGAUCAAAGUGCGAGGAAUGGUGCGCAACAAGGAGCGAUUCAUCAAACGCAGACAGCGAAUUCUCGGACCCAACGGCAGCACUCUCAAAGCACUGGAAUUGUUGACACAGACCUACAUUCUGGUCCAGGGUAAUACCGUGUCGGUCAUGGGUGGCUACAAAUCUUUGAAGGAAGUGCGAAGGGUGGUGGAGGAUUGCAUGGACAACAUCCAUCCCAUCUACCAUGUGAAAGAGCUUAUGAUCAAGCGAGAGCUGGAGAAGGAUCCCGAGCUGAAGAACGAAAGCUGGGAUCGUUUCUUGCCGCACUUCAAGAAGCGCAACUUGAGCAAGCGCAGAGUGCCCAGGAAUGUGUCGGAUAAGAGCAACAAGGUCUACACGCCUUUCCCACCGCCACAGGAGAAGAGCAAGGUCGAUUUGCAGAUUGAGAGUGGAGAGUACUUCUUGAACAACGCCGCGAAGGAGCGCGUGAAGAAAGAGAAGCGGGAGGAUGCUAUGAAGGAGAAAAUGGAGGAGCGCAAGAAGAAGCGGGAAGAGGCAUUUGAGGCACCCAAAGAGGAGGCUGAGGUGAAGAAGAAGAAGAAGCGCAAGAGUGAAGACGGUGAGAAGAAGGAAAAGAAAUCGAAGAAGAGGAAGACUGACGAGGACGUCGAGAUGGAGGAUUGA